AUGUUGUUCCAGAAUAUCCUCUUCGCUGCUACCAUCGGCCUCGCAGCCGCAGCCUCCCAAUCCACCGGCCAGGAAUGCGGCAAAAAGAUGAAACCCUGCUCCAAGGACAGCGUCUGCAAGCCUACUCUGGCCAACUGCAAAGACAUCAACAAGUGCCCCGGCACUUGCUUCUUCAAGAACGAGUACCAAACCUGCGGCGGUUUCCGCACGAAGCCCCCGCCACCCUGCAGGAAGCACACCAAGUGCGUUGACGAUCCUCGAACACCUGGUGAUUGCGGCAUGGCUUGUGAUAAGCCUGGUAUCUGUGCCCCUACGAAGCCCCCGAGCUGUGGUGGUUUUACCGGAAAGCAAUGUCCCAAGGGCCUGUACUGUUAUGAUAAUCCUAAGGAUUCUUGCAACCCCAAGAAGGGUGGAGCUGAUUGCCCCGGAAUUUGUCUGUAA